UAUGUAUAACCAAACAUCCGAUGCGAUUUGGUGGUACCUUCACGAACUAGGAUCGCGCGUGGUCGCCGAGUCUGGCAUAGCUAUUGACAGAUUUCAUGUUGGUAAAAUUAUACUGCACAGCUUAAAGAAUUCUCCAGAAUAUAUAUUGCAGAUAGAUGGAUCCACGGAUGGGAGAGAGACGAGUAAAUCUGUCUUAGAGCGCUCAGUGAGAUGUGCUUCUGCAUUCAAGAAUAUGGGUCUCCAAUAUCAGGACGUCAUAGUCAUCAUGGCGCCGAACCAUCUUGACUUGGUUAUACCGAUGUACGCUGGCCUCUAUAUUGGCAUCAUUGUUGCAGGGGUUGAUGUGGGCUUAGGAGUAAACGAGCUUCGAGAUACACUAAAAUGUACUGAACCAAAAAUAAUAUUUUGCGAAAACUCAAACGUCCCAACCAUUAAAGAAGCGUUGAAAGCGUUAAACAUAACGACUCGAAUUGUGACAUUUGGUAAAAAACAGGACGACAAGAUGUCCUUUAAAGAAUUACUGGACAAAUAUGCUGGCGACACUACAGUUGAACAAUUCAAGCCCGCUGACUUCGACCCAACGCUGACGAUUGCUAUAUUAGUCCCAACAAGUGGAUCAACGGGAAUACCAAAAACCGCUGCACUAACACAUAAGAAUGUUUUCUAUGGAUUUCCCUGUAUACUGGUUUUCAAUACUGAAUUUCCAUCGCCGUUUGACAAAGUUAUGGUCCUGUCACCAAUUCAGUGGAUUUCAGCGACGUUACAAUUUAUUAUGUCACCCAUUGUGCGAUACACUCGAAUGCAAACCUCUUCGCCGCUCACGGCUCACCACGUCUACUCACUUAUAAACAAAUACAAGCCUGAGUUUACCAUUAUGAGCCCAACGUUUAUGACUACUGUAUUUAAAAGCGGUGACAGGGAUAAGUGCGAUUUUAGUUCCCUUAAGUUCAUAAUUGUCGGUGGUAGCGCCGUUUCUAAACAACUGCUCGAAGAAGUCAAGGAAGUGAUACCAAAUUGUCAUUUACAAAUUGGCUACGGAUUGACAGAGUCUUCGGGCUUGGUGUGUAAUCCGUCGUACUCGCCAUUUGGUUCACUAGGUACACCGCUUAACAGUGUGCAGUUUAAACUAGUAGACGUGAACACUGAUGAAGUAAUCAAUGAGCCAAAUGUGUCUGGAGAAUUAAGAAUAAAGGGACCCGCAGUUUUCAUGGGUUAUUAUAAUGACGCGCAAAUGACCGCUGCAGCCUUCGACGAAGACGGAUGGUUAAAGACUGGAGACAUUCACUACAGAGAUGAAAAUUUCAAUUAUUAUUUCGUUGAUCGCCAUAAAUUACUAUUAAAAUACAAAAGUUACCAGGUGUCCCCGACCGAAAUAGAAAGCGUCAUCAUCGAACAUCCAGGUGUACUGGACGUAGCUGUCACUGGUAUACCUGAUGAUGAACUCGGCGAUCUGGUAGUCGCAUUUGUUGUACCUAUUAAAGGGUGCACUGUUACAGCACAGGAAAUCAAAGAUUUGGUCAAAGCUUCGCUAUCAGAUCCAAAGCAACUAAGGGGAGGGGUCAUCUUUCUACCCGAAAUGCCAACAACGUCAACAUCAAAAAUUGACCGAACUAAAUUGAAAAAAAUGGCGCUCAGCUUAAACAGAGAAUAAAUGGACUUUUAAUCAUUCUAAAUUAGUUUAAUUCUAAUAGUUUUACA